AUGACACUCUCUUCACUCAGUUUCACCAUCUCCAACCCCACCACAACAGCAUCAUGGAACACACAAAACACACCACAACCCAACAACACUGUUCCAUCUCCCAACACUUUCUGUUCCAUCACCCUCAACAAAACACACCUUUUCAGAAUCCACUGCAUUAACCCACAACCCAUCUCACCCUUGGAAUAUCCCAAAUCCGAUCAAACUGAUAUCGGUGGCGGAGGUGAUGACGGCGAUGAUUUCGGCGGAGGAAGAGGCGGAGAUGAUGGAGAUCACGGAGAAGCAGAAGAUGGAGAUGAAGAGUUUGGACCUCUGUUGAAUUUCGAAGCGGUUAUGAAAGAAGUUGAAGCUCGUGGUGUUACGUUGCCUUCUGAUAUGGAAGAAGCUGCGAGGAUCACUGGCAUUCGUCAAAUGUUUCUUCUUCGUUACUUGGAAUUACAAGGUUCUUCUGGGCCAUUGUCUUUUCUGAUGAAGCAUUGUUCUAUGUUGAGAAAUCGAAUGUUAGCAGACCCUUCUUUUCUCUUUAAAGUUGGAACUGAGGUUGUUAUAGACUCUUGUUGUGCGACAUUUGCGGAGGUUCAGAAAAGAGGCAAGGAUUUUUGGGCUGAGUUUGAGUUGUAUGCUGCUGAUCUUCUUGUUGGUGUGGUUGUUGACAUUGCUUUGGUGGGUAUGUUGGCACCUUACGCACGAAUUGGCAAGCCUUCUUUGUCAAAAGGUUUGCUCGGACGCAUUCAGCAUGCUUGUGCUGCUCUUCCUAGCAGUGUUUUUGAAGCUGAAAGACCAGGGUGCAAAUUCUCUGCAAUGCAGCGCGUUGCCACGUACUUCUACAAGGGUGCGUUGUACGGAUCUGUUGGCUUUGGAUGUGGUAUUGUUGGUCAAGGAAUUGCAAAUAUGAUCAUGAAUGCCAAAAGGAGCAUUAGUAAAUCUGAAGACGACAUACCGAUUCCUCCUCUUCUGCAAAGUGCAGCUCUUUGGGGUUUCUUCCUCGCUGUGUCAUCCAACACCCGUUAUCAAAUCAUCAACGGACUGGAAAGCCUCGUCGAAAAAUCUCCAGUGGCAAAGAAGGUUCCGCUUGUUGCAAUGGCGUUCACUGUUGGUGUGCGAUUUGGCAACAACAUCUAUGGUGGUAUGCAGUUCAUAGAUUGGGCCAAAUUGAGCGGCGUACAAUAA